AUGUUCGCCAAAGCCUUUCGAGUCAAGUCCAACACGGCCAUCAAGGGGUCCGACAGGAGAAAACUUCGGGCUGAUGUGACAGCUGCUUUUCCCAACCUUGGAGCCAAUCAGGUCUCAGAGUUAGUACCAGGAAAGGAAGAGCUGAACAUUGUGAAGCUGUAUGCUCACAAAGGGGAUGCCGUGACUGUGUACGUGAGUGGUGGUAACCCCAUCCUAUUUGAACUGGAGAAAAAUCUGUAUCCGACAGUGUACACUUUGUGGUCAUACCCUGAUCUUCUGCCAACCUUCACAACAUGGCCUCUGGUACUCGAGAAGCUGGUAGGGGGAGCAGAUUUGAUGCUGCCAGGACUAGUGGUGCCCCCUUCUGGUCUGCCUCAAGUAGAGAAAGGUGAUCUCUGUGCCAUUGCCUUGGUGGGGAACAGAGCCCCCGUUGCGAUCGGAGUUGCUGUCAUGUCCACUGCUGAGAUGCUGACUGCAGGCCUGAAGGGCAGGGGCUUCUCUGUGCGACACACUUACCAGGACCACUUAUGGAAAUCUGGAGACAGGUCCCCUCCACCUUCUAUUGCUCCACCUGCCCUGGAUCCCCCAGAUCUCAAUGAAGAGAAGGUCUCGGUCCUGGCAGACCCGACCCUGCAGGAAGACAUGAGGGGCCUGCAGCUGAAAGGAGAGGAGGAGGAGAAUGGGGAGGAUCCUCCGCCAAGUGGGGAGAAGUCCCUCUCAGAAGCCUCAGAACACAGCAGCGUCAAGGCCUUGAACCAAGACACUGCAGGCAACAAGAUCCUUCAAGGGCAAAUGGAUGAACUCUUACAACGAUGCUUCCUACAUGCUUUGAAAAGCCAAGUCAAAAAGGCUGACCUCCCUUUGCUCACCAGCACCUUGCUUGGCAGCCACAUGUUCUCCUGCUGCCCCGAAGGACAACAGCUGGACAUAAAGAAGUCAAGCUACAAAAAGCUCUCUAAGUUCCUGCAGCACAUGCAGCAGGAGCACAUUGUACAGGUGAAGGAGCUGAGCAAAGGGGUGGAGAGCAUUGUGGCUGUGGACUGGAAGCACCCAAGGAUCACAUCUUUCGUCAUACCCGAGCUCUCCCUGACUUCCCAGACUGUCCAGGAGGGUAGCAGGGAACAGCCCUAUCACCCUCCAGAUAUUAAAUCCCUCUACUGUGUCCCAGCCAACAUGACCCUGCUCUUCCAGGAGUCUGGCCACAAGAGGGGGAGCUUCCUCGAGACCAGUGAGGUGCGAGCAGUCAUCAUCAGCUAUGCCAAGAAAAACGACCUCGUGGAUGCGGACAACAAAAAUCUCGUGAAGUUAGAUCCUGUUCUGUGUGACUGCAUCUUAGAGAAAAAUGAACAACACGUAGUCCUAAAACUCCCAUGGGAUAAUCUCCUGACCAGAUGUUUGGGAAAAUUACAGCCUGCCUAUCAAGUGACCUUCCCUGGACAAGAGCCCAUUGUGAAGAAAGGGAAAAUCUGUCCAAUUGACAUCACCCUAGCACAGAGAGCGUCUAAUAAAAAGGUGACCAUCAUCCGGAACUUGGAAGCCUAUGGCUUGGACCCGUGCUCAGUGGCCACUGUCCUCCAGCAGCGAUGCCAAGCAAGCACCACUGUCACUCCUGCCCCUGGGUCCAAGGACAGCCUUCAGGUCCAGAUCCAGGGAAACCAGGUCCACCAGCUCAGCCGUCUGCUGCUUGAUGAGUACCAGCUCCCUCGAAAAUACAUUCAAGGCCUUGAAAAGGCCCCCAAACCUGGCAAGAAGAAGUGACAGACUCUUACUCCAUGUCCUGCAUCCAGUGGAAGUCCAAGCAUGGGGCUGGUAAUUUAUAUGAAGAUUUUCAACUUUUGCUAAUGAAAAAAAUUCUUUACCAAAAUAAAUUUUUAUUCUA